AUGUUAGACUUUAUCGACUUGCAAGUAAUUCGAAUUGAAGGAAUUGAGUAUGAUCCUGCAGAUCUCAGCGUUUCUCUGAUAACAGACUCAAAGUGUAUUGGAAAAGUUUACCCUCUUUCUCAAGCAAAUGAAAUGAAUCCUAUAAGGAUUCCUUCACUUUGUUAUUUACAGUUUGUAACUAAAAUUGUAUCUCAUCAAGAACAAAUCAUCAGCAGUGUCACUCUGCAAACACAGAUUCUUCCAAAGGAAGGAUAUCAGUGGGUUCCUCUAUUCCAGUGUUCUAACGACUUAAUUUAUUCUUUUCCCAAAGAAAUCGGCCCUAUAAAGCUGCUAAUUUAUAUUAAAUCCAAGCGUCCGUUAUCACCUGUACAAGAAAUUACAGAAAAUUCAGAGCAAGGAAGUGAAAUCAAUAGCUCUAUGACUUUUCGUGAAGAAACAAUGCCAGAGCUUAAGUUUUCGAAUGGAAGUAUUGAUGAAAAAGAAAGGGAAGAGAAGCAAGCUUACUAUUCUUUACGAAUUAUUGAAUUGGAACAAACCAUUCAAAGGGAUCGAUUCAAUUUUAACGAAGAGCUAAUCAGGUCAGGCCAAGAGUAUAAAAAAGCUAUUGACCAAAUUUCUAUAGAAUUAGAAAUUUAUAAAGCAAAAUCCAAAAAUUUCCAGAAAUUAAUUGAUGAAUUUAAAGAAGAAAAUGAAGAACUUCGGGCCAAAUUAGAACAAGAAAAAGAAAAAACAAAUGCAGCUGAAGAAAAUCUGCAAAAAAAUAUUUUGAAGUCAAAAAUGUCUGAAAAUUCUCUGCUGAAAAUUUUGGAGAAAAAAGACGCAGAUUUAUUUGAUUUACGGGACCAAAUAAAAGUCCUUAAAAACGAAAAUCAAGAGCUGCAGGACAGAAAUAAAAUAAUUCAAAACCAAAAAUGUUCCGUUCAGACCAAACUUUCUCCCUCUCUUAAAAAUUCUGGCACAAAAAGCAACAAGGAAAAUACCCAGAAAAAGAUAGCCUUAAUGAGCCAAAAAAAUCAAUCCAAAUUAAAGAUGACGUUGAUAAAGCAUUAA